AUGAUCGGAGACACCCCACUACGAAUCCUCCUGGUUGGCAAUGGAGGGCGAGAACAUGCUCUGGCCUGGAAGCUCGCCCAGUCGGAUCGAGUCGAGAAGAUUAUUGUUGCACCAGGCAAUGGUGGAACCGCUCGCACUGUCCCCAAAACAUCCAACAAGAAAAUAGGUGUCACCGACUUCAAAGCCCUAGUUGCUCUUGCCAUCGAAGAAAAUAUCAAUCUCGUCGUCCCUGGCCCUGAGGUUCCAUUGGUAGAAGGCAUUGAGGAACAUUUCCGCAAAGUUGGAAUACUAUGUUUCGGUCCUACAAAGGAGGCUGCCCGUAUGGAGGGCUCGAAGACUUUCUCCAAGGAUUUCAUGCAAAGGCAUAAUAUCCCCACUGCCGAAUACAAAAACUUUACGAAGUACGAGGAAGCGGUGGAGUACAUCAAAUCUGUACCCCAUAAUGUCGUCGUCAAGGCAAGUGGUUUGGCGGCUGGUAAGGGUGUGGUUGUCGCCACUUCAAAAGAGGAGGCUAUCGAAGCCGUCAAGAAUAUCAUGGUUGAAAAGAUAUUCCAAGAUGCAGGCGACGAGGUUGUGAUUGAGGAAUUCCUCGAAGGAGACGAACUAAGCAUCCUAGCCUUCAGCGACGGCUACACUAUCGUUCCCCUCGUCCCAGCUCAAGACCAUAAAAGGAUAUUCGACGGCGACCAAGGUCCUAAUACCGGCGGUAUGGGCUGCUACGCUCCCACCAAAAUCGCACCGCAAUCAGUUGUCGAAGAUAUCACGAAACGAGUGCUACAGCCAACAAUCGAUGGUAUGAGGAGAGAAGGGAUGCCAUUUGUCGGAAUGCUAUUCACUGGAAUCAUGAUGACUAGAUCUGGCGCAAAGGUCUUGGAGUAUAACGUCCGAUUCGGGGAUCCGGAGACCCAAACUGUUUUGCCGCUGUUGAGCAGGGACACAGAUCUUGCACAGAUCAUGGUUGCGUGCUGCGAGCAUUGGCUUGAUGCUGUUCAAAUUACCAUUGAGCCAAGGUUUUCUACCACUGUGGUAGUAGUUGCCGGAGGCUAUCCUGACGCCUAUGCAAAGGGAGACGUUAUGACACUAGAUGCAUUGGAGCCGGGUCUGGAAGGAACUCUCUUCCACGCAGGGACCAAGGAGGAAGAUGACCUAUUGAAAACCGAUGGCGGCCGUGUCAUUGCUAUCAAUUGCGUGGCAGACGAUCUAGAAUCAGCAGUCAAAAGCGCCUACAAGGGCGUUCACAGCAUCAAGUUCAACAAAGCAUACUAUCGCAAAGACAUUGCUCAUCGGGCAUUCCGACAAGAAGCCCCAGAGCUUGAGGCCCUUACCUAUGCCUCUGCCGGUGUGUCCAUUGAUGCCGGUAACGCCUUAGUCGAAAGAAUCAAAGCUUCCGUAAAAUCCACUCGACGUGUGGGCGCCGACGCUGACCUUGGUGGAUUUGGUGGGGUCUUCGACUUACAAAGUGCUGGGUAUGGUGGCCCAUUGAUUAUUGGCUGCAUUGACGGAGUCGGAACCAAGCUCAAGGUUGCCCAGUUGGCCGACAAGCACGAUACAGUUGGUAUUGAUCUCGUCGCCAUGAACGUAAAUGACCUGGUAGUCCAGGGCGCUGAGCCACUGUUCUUCCUCGACUGCUUCUCCUGCUCCAAACUCGAUGUCGAAAAAGCUGCUGGAUUCAUCGCCGGUGUCGCAGAAGGCUGCAAACAAGCCGGUUGUGCCCUUAUUGGUGGAGAAACUGCUGAGAUGCCGGGCAUGUACCAGGAGGACGAUUAUGACGCCGUCGGCGCUGCUGUUGGCGCUGUUACUAAGGAGUCCAUCUUACCUAGAUUGGAUGACAUGGUUGAAGGCGAUAUCCUCCUUGGAUUGGCAUCCAAUGGAGUCCACUCCAAUGGAUUCUCGCUUGUCCGAAAGAUCGUUGACAGGAACGGUAUAUCUUACAAAGCAGAAGCGCCAUGGGAAGCUAAUAUCACAGUCGGCGAGUCGCUACUGACUCCAACAAGAAUCUAUGUUAAGCCACUCCUCAAAGUCUGCAAGAAGGGUUUAGUAAAAGGAAUGUCUCACAUCACCGGUGGCGGUCUAACGGAAAAUAUCCCACGAAUGCUACCAAAGGACAUGACUGCUAUCGUCGACGUAAAGCAAUGGAAGCUCUCAAGUCUGUUCAACUGGUUGAGGUACAAGGGUAAUUUGACACACCAAGAAUUCGCAAGAACAUGGAACACGGGUAUUGGAAUGGUGCUUGUUGUUUCAGAGGGUGAUUGGGAAGCUGUCAAGAAGGAGUUAGAAGAGGAAGGGGAGACUGUUUAUAAGAUUGGGUUCUUGAGACGAAAGACGGAUACUGAGGAAGAAGGAUGCUUGUUGAAGAAUUUACAUACGUGGGAUUAA